AUGGUCACACGCUCAUCACUGGCAUGCCUCCCAUGCCGUUCCCGACACGUCAAAUGCGACGGCAAGCGGCCCAGCUGCACCCGGUGCGAUGAAUCUGGAAGGCUGUGUAACUAUGCAAAAUCGCGCCGAGGUGGUCUCAGUCGCGCAGCACUUACACGGCUUAGACAACUUGCUGCGGCGGAGAGUCGGUUAGUUAGCAACUUGAUACCGGCUACAGGGCCGCCAGCUAUACCCGAAACCCGGCCGGAGUCUGGAGUAGGGGCCUCUCUUGAUGCUAUCGUCGCCGGUGUCACUCAAGACUCAAUGCCGGAAAGGCCUGACCCAAUACUGCUUGUACCGCCUACUGCCCAACCCAACAACCUCGGAGAUGAUGCCCUAGUGGAUUUGUACUACAAGAACUUUCACAAAUUGCACCCAGUGGUUUUGCCCCGGAGACAUCUGGUUAGGCUUUGUCAAGCUCCAGAGAACCAGCCAAGCCUAGUGCCCCUCGUUGCUGUCAUGCGACUCAUCGGCCACCUCUACGGGUUCCGAGAAUGGCCGUGCCUAUUACAGGACGCAGUGAAAGUCUGUUUCUCGAAGGCAUCACAAACAGACCCCUUUAUGGUGCAGUGCCGUAUUUUGUACUCUAUUGCUUUGUUCUGGUAUGGGCAUAAGAACGAGGCAAAAGAUGAAAUGGAAACGGCCGCUCGACUUGCACUCGGGCUUGAAAUGUUCCGGUGUCAAUUCGCGACGGAACAGGGAGGCGAGGACCUUGUACUGAGAGAAUGCUGGAGACGGACCUGGUGGAUGCUAUACAUCGUGAAUGGCUACUAUGCCGGCACAGUCGGCAUGCUGGAAUUCGCAGUAAUAGACGUUGAAGCUACUGUGGAACUGCCUUGUGAAGAGUUUGAGUAUGAAUUAGGUGAAAUCCCCGAACCGAAAACACUGGAAGACUUCGACUGUCGUGAGUUUUCUAUGAGCAAUGUCUCAUUCUCAUCCUUCGCAUAUCUUAUUGGUGCUGCAAGAUGUGUGGCGUCUGCAGCACCCAUGGCUCUCGGCAUUGCGCCCGAGGAUGCCUCUUUGCAUAUGAUUCAUACUGCUGAUUCGAUUCUUGACGGGUGGCUACUCUUAUUGCCAAGCAGUAGCAAACAGAUCAUGGAUAAAUCAGGCGAAAUUGACGAACUCAUGUUCCAGGCCAAACUCCUUAUUCACGUGUAG